UUUAUGCGCAACACGAAUGGCACACACAGUUGUGAGGUUGUGAGGCGAAGGGAUGCCCCACCAUUGUUGAUUGGAAAUUUUCAUGGCUUGCGUAUUGUGAAGACAGCGCGUGCGCCAUUCACUGGCUAUGUGAAAGGUGACUUAUAUUCGGAAGGCGAUAUGGAUGAUCGCAUACUAUGUACAGAAGUGCAGGCGCGUUGGCAGUAUUCCAAAGUGGAUGGCAUUGAUUUUUCCACUAAUUGGCUAAAAGUGCGUGACUUGAUUCUGCGUUCUUUUGCUGGCGAUCCGGUGGAGGGUGUGGUGAUUACUAGCGUACAAUAUGCAGUUUAUAUAGCAGAGCGCGCGGUGCUUGAUGCUAUGCCUGAGAUUUGCAGCAUAGCAAUAAGUUUUCCGAAUUAUAGACAUUUUCCGUUUGAUUUCUCACGUUUUCCACCGAUCGAGCCGAAAGCUGAUGUCAUUAUUGCCAAUCCACACGAUACACCUUUGGGCAUUGGUUAUGCCCAAUUGGAUCGGCUGGAGAAAUAGCUAGCAAUUUAUACGAACAUAUUUUUGCGGUCGUUUUCAAGGCGGUUCUCAUCAAG